ACGAAGAGUAUAUCGCCUAAAAAUGGGAGGAAGCACAACAACUGUUCUAUACCAGAUUCUUGUAUUGGAAUGCUUUUGCAUCUUAGUGUCAGUCCAGCUCAAUCUUACCCACACGUCAUCGAGUGACGACAUCAGAUCUCUACAUCAGGAAUUGAACACCCUCAGACGAGACUACAACAAUGUUCUGUCAGACCUAGCCAACAUACGAAAAUCACUGGAUGUUAUCCAACCCGUGGCUUUCACAGCUUGUUUAACGAAGGACACAUCUAUUGGGAUUUUGCAGACGAUUAUAUACGACCACGUCAUCACAAACGUCGGUAAUACGUACGACCCACGUCACGGUAUUUUUCGGGCACCAGUGAAAGGUCUCUACCAAAUGUCGUUGACAUCAAUUUCCUUGGUCGAUAACGCCAUUUUUGUGGAGAUGGUGAAAGACGGACAAAGACUAAUUCAUUCAUACAGCGGAAGUCGGGACUAUCAUUCGUCUUCUGCUUCCGUUAAUGUAGUUUUAGAAGCAGGAAGUGACAUCUGGUGUCGUCAUUACAGAGACUCUAACGCGGUGAUAAUCAAUGCGCAAGACAGUGGAACCUGUUUCUCAGGAUUUCUUUUAAACCGUCUUGUUUGAAAACAAUUUUGAACACGCACUCGUAAAAUGAUAAAUAUACUAAAUGAUAUCCCGCGCAAGUGCGGGAAUGAACACUUUACACUGUAAAAAUUGUUGAAGGUGGUCACCCCC